AUGGCGAUUCAAACAACAACCGGGCUGGCUACUCGCCUGGCAACCAAACGUGUUGCAUUCCCCGCAUCUCGGCAGUGGCAGCGUCAGUUCAGUGCUGCUCGUCCUAGCUUGAAAGAGAUUCAGGAAGCGUACAUUCUCAGUGGUGCUCGUACGCCUACUGCUAAGUUCAACGGAUCGUUUGUCUCGGUCUCCGCCCCUCAGUUGGGUGCUGUUGCCAUCAAGUCCGCAGUGAGCAAAUCCGGCGUCCCUGUCGAGAAAAUUACCGAUGUGUACAUGGGCAAUGUGCUCCAGGGAGCAGUGGGCCAGGCGCCCGCUCGUCAAGCCUCCAUGUUCGCUGGACUGUCUCCGACCGUGGAAUCCAUGACUGUCAACAAAGUCUGCGCCUCCGGCCUCAAAGCUGUCGCACUCGCCGCUCAGAAUAUCCAGCUCGGUCUUGCAGAGGCUCAGGUUGCCGGAGGCAUGGAGAACAUGUCCCGUGUGCCCUACUAUAUGUCUCGGUCCAGCCAGUUGCCACCUUUCGGCGAAAUCAAGCUACAGGACGGUCUGAUUCAGGAUGGCCUGUGGGAUGUCUACAACCAGUUCCACAUGGGCAUCUGCGCCGAAACAACUGCCAAGAAAUAUGGCAUCACCCGUGAGGAUCAAGACCAAUACGCCAUCCAGUCGUACCAGCGGGCACAGGCCGCCUGGAAGGAGAACAAAUUCGCUGAGGAGAUCGCUCCGGUCACCGUGAAGGGCAAAAAGGGAGAAACAGUUAUCGAACGGGAUGAGGGUUACGAGAACCUGCGCAUCGACAAGAUGGCGACUUUGAAGCCAGCAUUCUUGAGAGAUGGCACCGGCACGGUGACCGCUGCAAAUGCUUCCACCAUGAAUGACGGUGCCUCGGCUCUUGUCUUGGGUAGCAAGGCUAUUGCGCGUGAGUUCGGACAGGGUAACCGGGCUCUUGCUCGCAUUGUCUCGAGCGCAGACGCCGCCAUUGAUCCUGUCGAUUUUCCUGUGGCUCCAUCCAAGGCUGUUCCCAUUGCCCUCGAGCGGGCUGGCAUCGCGAAGGACCAGGUCGCAGUUUGGGAGUUCAACGAGGCCUUUGCUGCUGUGAUCAAAGCCAAUGAAAAGAUCCUCGGUCUCGAAAACGCUCGAGUUAAUCCUCUUGGAGGAGCUAUCUCUCUGGGACACGCUCUUGGUAGCUCUGGCUCUCGUAUUCUUGUCACCCUUCUCCACCAACUGCAGCCAGGUGAAUAUGGUGUGGCCGCGAUCUGUAACGGUGGUGGUGCUGCAACCGCCAUGGUCAUUCAGAAGCUGGACCGGGUGGACUAA